UAUUUUAAAGAAGAAAUGCUGCCUCGUCACCGAGGUUUUCGUGUUUAUAUAAUUGACACUGCUACUAUUGCAUUCCUUAUCCUCUCUUUCAUGGGUGCUGCUAUCGCAUCCCUUGUGCUCUCUACUUUGGCUAUCCUCCUCCUGUCGCUUCUACUGCGAGUGUUGGAUCGUCUAAUAUGGAGGCCAUACGCCAUCACCCAAUAUUUCAAGAAACAAGGAGUAGAUGGCCCCGGUUACAAGUUCUACAAAGGAUCCAACGAGGACAUCAAAGCCAUGAAAAGAGAGGCAUCAGGGCUGAUCUUGGACAGAAGGUCGCACGACGUCGCCAGCCGUGUGAUUCCGCACUUCAUCAAGUGGGCAUCGCAAUAUGGCAAUGUGUUCCUCUUCUGGUUUGGGACGAAUCCCAUGUUGUUGAUCAAUGACCCCGAGAUGGUUAAACAUGUACUAGCAAACAGAUUUGGUUUCUACUCCAAGCUGGAUGUUGAUCCUAAUAUUUUAGCUCUCUUGGGCAAGGGAUUGGUCCUGGUUGAGGGAUCAGAAUGGGCAAGGCACAGGAGAAUUGUUAACCCUGCGUUCACAAUGGAUAAGCUCAAGAUGUUGACAGGGAAGAUGGCAGACUGCGUGAGGGUGAUGCUUCAAGGUUGGGAGGAGCAGGCAACACGAUCAGCAGACAAGCAACAGGAAGUAGAGGUUUCCAAGCAAUUUCAGGAGUUGACAGCUGAUGUGAUUUCUCACACUGCAUUUGGGAGCAGCUUCUCUGAGGGAAAAGAAGUAUUUCUAGCUCAGAAAGAACUGCAGAUUCUGGCCUCCGCAAAUAUUCUUAACAUAGAAUUCCCUGGAUCCAGGUUUCUCCCGACUAAGAAAAAUCUAUGCAAAUGGAAGCUAGAGAGAAGAGUAAACAACACACUGAUGCGUAUCAUACAGAGGAGAUUGGACUCCAAGGAUUCCAGCUAUGGACAUGAUCUCCUUGGCCUGAUGAUGGAAGCCAGCCAGAAACAGAGAGGGCAGAGAAUGAGCAUGUAUGAGAUCGUAGAUGAGUGCAAGACCUUCUUCUUCGCAGGGCACGAGACCACUUCCCAUUUACUGACCUGGGCUCUCUUCCUGCUGAGCACCAACCGAGACUGGCAAGAGAAGCUCAGGGACGAGGUGCUCAGGGAAUGCGGACAGCAAGUGCCCGAUGCAGAUACGCUAAGCAACUUAAAACUGGUCACCAUGGUUCUCCUGGAGACGUUGAGACUGUAUGGCCCCGUGGUUCAGAUGGCAAGAAAGGCAAGCCAAGAUAUGGCGCUGGGGAACAUCAGCGUACCCAAGGGCACUGCACUCAUCCUUCCUAUCAUGAUGAUCCACCGGAGCAAGGAGAUCUGGGGGCCUGAUGCCAAUGAAUUCAAUCCCCACAGGUUCAAAGAUGGCAUCUCCAAGGCUGCCUCGCACCCCAACGCACUGCUCGCGUUCUCCAUUGGGCCAAGAGCUUGCAUUGGCCAGAACUUCGCCAUGUUGGAGGCCAAGACAGUGACUGCCAUGCUCCUGCAAAGGUUCUCCUUCUCCCUGUCCCCCGACUACAAACACGCACCGAUUGACUUUCUGACAUUGCAACCUCAGCACGGGCUUCCCAUACUCUUCACUCCCUUGCAUGUCUAGCUAAGCUACUAGUUUAGUAUCGUAAAAUAAUUUCAACCUAAUAAAAUAUAAAUAAAUCUUCUAAUUUUAUAGUAAGAAA